UUCUAUAAUCACAUUUAUUUGUUGGUUCGCAAUGUAUUGUUUAAUUAUCACUAAAUAAUUAUUUGCGAGUUUUGCAUAUAUACGUCCACAUAAUCAUCAAAGUUUGUAAAUUCGGUGGAAAAAUGGUAAUGGAAUGGAAAGAGAUGGGAAUUUUGACAAUCAUGGUGAUGCUAUGGUGGAGUGCAGGGAAUUGUUUGAAAUUCGAUUCAACAGUAGCAAAAGAUGGGUCAGGGAAAUACAAAACUAUCGCUGCAGCGAUAAAUGCAGCUCCAAAAAUGAGAACCAAACCAUACUAUAUACAUGUCAAACGAGGAAUUUACUAUGAAAAUGUCACAAUUCCAUAUGACAAAACAAAUAUAGCACUUGUUGGUGAUGGUAUGGGAGUCACAAUAAUUUCAGCUAGUAAAAGUAGUAAAAGAUUUCCAACGCCUAACACAGCCACAUUAGAAGUAUACGGCAGUGGUUUCAUUGGAAUGUUGAUGACAAUCAGAAAUACCGCUGGGGCAAAAAAUGGCCAAACGGCUGCAUUAACCACUGCUCCAUUUCGAGGGUAUGCUUCAUUUUUUCGAUGUCGUUUUGAAGGUUAUCAGGAUACAAUUUUUGCCCUAGACUAUGCAUUUUUCCGAGGAUGCCAUAUUUCUGGCACGAUCGAUUUUAUCAGUGGUAAUGGACGAGCCAUUUUUCAAAAGUGUUCUGUGGAAGCAAGAAAACCUAUACAUGGACAAGAAAUCAGAAUACUUGCACCAGGUGCAGACAACAUUACUUCAAAUCCAGGGAUAGUUCUUCAGAAUUGUAAAAUAUAUCCCGAACCAGGUUUUAAUAGGUCAGAUGGGGCAAGUUUCUUAGGCUGGCCCUGGAAAAAUCAAGGGAAGGCGGUAAUUAUGUCGAGUUAUAUUAAUGAUUUUAUUGACCCAAAAGGUUGGCUUUCGAACCCGGAAGUGACCAACAUAUAUUUGGCGGAGUAUAAGAAUAGAGGACGAGGGUCCAAUACAAGAGGUAGAGUGAAAUGGUCGAAAGUCAUUAGUGGAAAUGAAGCAUCCAAGUUUACUGUGCGUAACUUUCUGCAAGGAGAGAAAUGGAUCCCGAAAAUAAUCCCACACAAUCUAGAUCAUCUUGAUGGUGCUGAGGAUUCUGUUUAGAGUAUAUAAGUUGUUUGAAGUGUUGCUAUAAGUAGAGGAAGGAUGCCUAAUCACAAUAGAUUAAGAGCACUUAUCUUCCUAUAUUCUACUUUCCUAGUCUUAGAAUUAGCAGACAAAAGUACUGUUGAUGCUUGUAUUGUUGAUUUUAUCUAACUAUUUAGCAUCUUUACUUGCAGAUUGCAAGUUUUGGUAAGA